AUGAACUAUGAAAUCGCCUCUAUAGCAACUCAACUCGUCCGAAGAUGCACUUCCACAGCGUCGAUCACAAAAGCCCGUCAAAUCCAUGGGCUGCUGCUGACAUCCGCCGCUGCCAAUUCUCUAGUUCCAUAUGUAUUCAACAACAUCAUCUCCAUGUACAGUCGAUGUGGAUCUUUGGAGGAUUCUCAACUUGUGUUCGACAGAAUUCCUCAAAGAACUAUUGUGUCAUACAAUGCCCUUAUUUCUGCCUACUCUCGGGUUUCUUAUCAUGCCCCAAAAACUUUUCAGUUGGUCAGGCAGUUGGGAAAUGAGACAUUCAGACCCAAUGGGUCUACUUUCAUUAGCCUCUUACAAGCUUCGUUGAGUCUUAAAGAUGUAGUCAUUGGGUUUCUUCUUCAUGCUCAGUGUUGCAAGUUUGGUUUCUUAAAUGAUGUGUGUGUUCAAACCUCUCUUGUUAGAUUGUAUUCCAGUUGUGGGAACUUGGGAUUCGCGGAGGAGGUUUUUGAUUCUAUGGUUUGUAAAGAUACUACAUCUUGGAAUAAUGUUAUUUACGGAUAUAUGGAAAACGAUUUGAUGAUGGAAGGACUCAAGAAGUUUGACAGCAUGUUAUCAAGUGGUGCAAAUCCUGAUCAGUUUACGUAUUCAAUGGUAUUGAAUGCUUGUGGUAGAUCGGGAGAUUACAGGAGGGGGAAACUUAUUCAUGCACGGUCUAUUAUCUCCGGGACAUGUUUUGAUGUGCCUUUGCGCAAUGCCCUACUCGAUAUGUACUGCAGUUGUGGCGACUGUGAUACUGCAUUCCGUGUUUUCAGGGGAAUUGUUUACCCGGAUUUAGUUUCAUGGAAUACAAUGAUAGCUGGAUGUUCGGAGGCUGGUGAUGGAAAGAGGGCGAUGGAAAUGUUUGUUCAGCUUGUGGGAGGAUUCACUACGAAACCAGAUGAGUAUACUUAUGCACCGGUUGUAUCUGCCACGGGAUCUUUUCCAGCAUCUGAGUAUGGCAAACCGCUCCAUGCACAGAUCACGAAAGCAGGACUGGAAAGGAGUGUUCACAUUUGUAGCACGCUGAUCUCAAUGUAUUUCAGCAAUGGUGAAAUUGAAUCAGCUCAACAGAUUUUCUCUUCAGUUUCAGAAAAGGAUAUGGUGAUUUGGACUGACAUGGUGGCCGGUAAUUGUAGAAUAGGCAAUUGCGAAAGCGCCAUAGGAAUUUUCAAAGAUAUGUUACAAGAAGGAUUCCAGAUUGAUAGCUAUGCUUUAAGCAGUGCAAUAAGUGCAUGUGCUGACCUUGCAGCUCAGAGGCAAGGGGAAAUGCUUCAUUCUUUGGCUGUGAAAUUGGGAUAUGAUGGAGAAAUGACUGUUUGUGGAAGUCUAGUGGAUGUGUAUGCUAAAGUUGGGGACAUUAAAGCAUCUGAGUUGGAAGCAGAAGAUACAAUCAAAGAAUCACCUUUCGGAGAUGGCUAUCUGGAUUUAUGGAGGACUCUUUUGAGUUCUAGUCUUGAGAAAGGAGAUUCCGUGAUAGCGACGCACGCAGCUGAGCAUAUCUCCCGUAUAGAUACAGAAGACACUGCAACAAAUGUGCUGCUGGCCAAACUUCAUGCUCUGGAGGGAAGAUGGGAUGGUGUGGCUGAAACAAGAAGAAAGUUCAGAAAAUCACCGGUGGUCGGAAGAGAUGCCGGAAAAAUGGCGGCCAUUGCAGCUUCAACCGCUGCAUCAUCACUCGGAGUUUCGGAGUUGUUCGGGACUUCUUUCAACUUCAACAGCUCAUCAUCAAGGGCUGCUGCUCCGACUUCAUCAGCCUCAACUGGUGGCAGUGUAAAAACUGUAGCAAUUUUCUCAAAGAAGCCAGCUGCCAAGCCUAAGCCUGCAGCUGCUGCUUCUCCCCUUGAUGACGAGCUCGCCAAGUGGUAUGGACCUGACAGAAGAAUCUUCUUGCCUGAGGGGCUCUUGGACAAAUCAGAAAUCCCUGAGUACCUUACCGGAGAAGUUCCUGGAGACUACGGUUAUGAUCCUUUUGGUCUCAGCAAGAAACCUGAAGACUUUGAGAAGUAUCAAGCAUAUGAAUUGAUUCAUGCCCGGUGGGCCAUGCUUGGUGCUGCUGGCUUCGUUAUCCCUGAAGCCUUCAACAAAUUCGGAGCCAACUGUGGUCCUGAAGCUGUUUGGUUCAAGACUGGAGCAUUACUCCUGGAUGGAAACACACUGAACUACUUUGGAAAGAACAUCCCAAUUAACCUUGUGGUUGCUGUCGUCGCCGAAGUUGUUCUUCUUGGUGGUGCUGAGUACUACAGAAUCAUCAAUGGACUGGAUCUGGAAGACAAGCUUCACCCAGGUGGUCCCUUUGAUCCCUUGGGGUUGGCCAAAGACCCUGACCAGUUUGCUCUGCUAAAAGUGAAAGAGAUCAAAAAUGGUAGAUUAGCCAUGUUUGCAAUGCUUGGGUUCUUCAUCCAAGCUUAUGUCACCGGACAGGGUCCAGUCGAGAACCUCGCAGCUCAUUUGAGCGAUCCCUUCGGCAACAACUUGCUCACUGUCAUUUCUGGAAGCGCCGAAUAA